CUACAGUCGACGCUGGUUGUGCCGUAAACUGCUGUUCUCUAACUGCUCUCUGUCAUGCACGCAUGGUAGUGCAGCUACGAGGAAUCCGUGCGCCGAUAACACGGAUCUUAGUUUAAUGAUCUAAAGAUAGCUGCUUAAUAAUUGGGUGGCAAAAAUCUACGAUCUCAACGUUUCCGAGAGACACCGCCAAGCGUACUUUUUUUACCGAGUGGGAGCUUCAAGCUCGGCUACGGUGUAUGGCCACCACUACCAUGGAGCAGCUCGGCCAUGUGGAUGACUUGCGUGCCCUGCAGGCAAGCCUGGGUGACUUGACACGAAACCAGGGCCUGCUUUUGGACACAGUGCAGCAGGAAAACAACCGCUUUGCUGACGCGUUGGGGAGCCUUGAUGACGUGCUGCAGCGGGCUCGGGUGUACCAGGCCAAGUUGGUGCGCCUCAAGCGUGACAUGACGGAGUUGCAGCAGCGGAGUAGCCGCCUGCGCAAGCGUGCCUUGCGGCUGCAGCAGCUGAAGCAGAAGGAGGCCCUGCAGGCAGAGCAACAGCGCCAGCGAGACCUGGAGCGCACACGGCAGCUGCAGCCACGUGUGGCCCCACAAUUGGCUCCCCCUUAAAUGAGCCAGCAUAUUUGUAGAUGCUGUGGCUAUGAUGUGAACAGUGCAAGAUGCAGGGAAAAGGAAGGUACCUGCGAAACAUCCAAAUUCAUCAAUCGCCCACCUCUAUGAUAGAUUCACAAAAUGAAGUGAAUAACUGAUCCAGCCUCUAGAUUAAUGCGACAUCUGCACUCAGUAGACCAAUCUCGCCAUGAGUUUCACUAUGGUGACAUGUUGGGCUUGUUAGUGUGUCAUAUGAGAGAGAGUAAAGUGUUUGGUACAGGUCACAAGAGCGACACCAGGCGCACACACGGUGCUAACUUUCACAAGCAUCUUAUUGUCAGGAUCAGAGCUAUUGUGCCAUUGCUCUGAGCACAUGUUCAGUGAUGCACCUGUCGAAAGGCUUGUUUAGCUCUGUCCCUAGAAAUGAGUAAGUUGAAUGUUAGCACCAUGCGUGUGGUGUGUCUUGUAUUGGAUGUUCUACAUUUUAGCUGCAACCAGUUCCUCUGCACCACCACUACCAUGAAGGGUGCUGGUAGUUGUGUACUAGUCCUAAGGGGCUGAAGGGCAACUAUGGUAAGAAAAACUCUGCAAUAGGAGUGGGUUUGAGAAGCUGCAACCUCACACCUCGCCCUAAUAAUCAGCAGGAAAAAUCCACUACAUUGAAUUUUGUUUGGCGUUUCCUUCAAGGUUGCCUUGAACCUAAGUGCAGAAGGGAAGUGGAAAGGACUACAGGCAUCAUUAUGUUAACAGGGAAGCUGUUCAUGCACUCUGAACAUGGUGAGGAGAGUCUUGGGAAACAUGUUGCCGGACUACUAGAUUCAUACUUGUGUCCUUGCUCAAAGUGCACACUUUGUGUGAGGACAAAAGAGAGACAGGCAGGUGGGUUUGUGUUCAAUAUUUUUGCAAAGUGUGCUGCUUAUUUAAACCUGCAUGAGAUGGGUCUGUUGCAUUGUUGACAGCUUCUCUGCAGAACCGUUAAAUGUGGUGCGAUUCACUGCCGCAUCACACUUGUCCGUAAACUCCCUAAAUCAGCGAUUCAGUCUAUCGUGUGAAUGGAGUUCUCAUUCGUGUCAGUUUUGCAUUUUCAUUCCUAAAGGUGUUCCUCUAGUUCCCCUUCGUAUGUGUGCGAUACAUAGCACAAGAAUAAUGAAUGUACAAAUAGCCCCAUUUAUUGCUCUGUUGAAUCCAGCUCUACUCACAAAGCACAUUGAGAUUGGCCAUCUCUGCAAGAACUUCCGUAGACAACUCAAUACCACAAGUUACUAUGUACAUUAGAGUCGAAAUUCAGCAGCCAUAAGUGGCCUAGCCAGUGACAUGUGGUAAAUGCUCACAGCUGGCAAAUGUUCUUGAAACAUGUCAGUUAUGUUACAGCCCUAGGCAGGCCUUCACACUGGCAUUUUUCUUUUUUUGUCUACUUUUGCACAAUGACAUGUCACCUUUUCCCUAACAAAUUACAUCUGUGUGAGAUGAGUGGCUCAUUAUCUGAGAUAAUUAUGAUACAAAUCUUACGGAACCAAUGUGGACUAUGAAUGGGAUGAAGAAACCCCUCAAACAGUUGUCAUGUGGAUUUUCCCUCCAUCUCAAUGAAUAUGUAAAGUUUAUUCUCUUAAGAAAAAGCUGGAGCAGAAGUGUUGGUAAACAGGACUUCAGGCGAUAACACAUUUCAUUGGUGUACAGCAAGCGAGUACACAAGGUUGUUCUGUAGUUGAAGAAAACAUACACUCGCCAACUGAAAAACAAAGAAAAAUGAAAAUGGUUUUUACGUUUUGACAUCCAGUACGGGUGCCUUGUUCACAAGACAUAUUGCGUUUACGUAUAGCUCAGGAAAGGGUCCCCAUGUCUGUUUUAUCGUGGCUGCCAUAGAUUGUAUGCAAAAUUAUUCAAGGAGCAGACAGUAUGGUAGUUUAUUUUCCUUUUCGAUGACUGAAGCCAAUUGCCAAUCAAUGCUGUGACCAGUUUUUCUCAUAAUGCUCUGCCCAUGCAUUAGACACUGUGUGCCCUUCUGCUAAAUCAUUGAUGUGCUGCUGUAGCCUUCUUUUUAAGUUUCCAAUUUCACCUACUGGCAGUCUCCUGCCACUCCUGGCAGUCUUGGCACAGAAUUUUGUAAAUGUAGAAAAAUGUAGAAAAAAACACACAACCUACAGACAUGAUAGCAUCAGAUUGUAAUUUUUAUAUAUGAGAAAACAUAAUUCUGUUAUGCGAAACUCAAGGAAACCCCUUUUCCAGCACUUCUACCAUUCAUAGACUGGCCACGGCGUCCGCCAUUUGCACGCGCUGGCGCACGAAUAUCUUGGGAGUCCAUGAAGCGGUGCGCCUGUUUCCUUGAAACACUUCCAGAUGGCGCUCGCCUCCACCGCAUCACAGCCCACGCAAAAGGCCGCGUUUCUAUCGAAGAGCCCACCUUUGUGCAUAGCGUUUCCCGGUAAAUAUUAGUUAUAUACACUGCAGUUGCUGGGAGGUGUGAGAAGCAGUCGGGGACAUUUGAAUGUUAUUGUGCUUUACUCUUAAGAGGAAGCUUUAGCUCGGGUGCUCCUAUCUAAAUACAUGUAAAAGGAGAAUUCGUUUUUCUCGGCAACCACUGCACCAAAUUUGACGGGGUUUGCUGCAUUUAAAAGAAAAGCUUAAAAUCUAGUGACUGUUGGUUUCGAAUUUUCGAUUUAGGUCGUGAAAUUUUUAUAAAAAUUUGGCAAAAAUCGAAAAUUUUCAGAAAACGAAACUAUCAAGAUUACAACUCCGUAACUCAGCAAGAAAAAUUGAUAUCGCAAUUCUGUGAAUUGUACCUGAUAGCACAUCUAAAGCGGACAAAAUUGAUAUGUUACACAUGAACUUCAAAAAAUGGAGUAAUGUGUAAUUACAACUUUUGCAGAACCUUUGUAAACAAUGUAACAAAUUCACGUAAGAUGUAAACUGACCUAUCAAAUUUGUCCGCUUUGAAUGGUCUAAUGGAUGCCGUUUACAGAAUCGCGAUAUCUGUUCUUGAUGCAGAGCUAUUAGCUUGUAAACUUCGUGCUUCUAUUUUUUUCAAACGUCUGAAUUUUUGAAAAUCCUUUUAACAAAAUUCAAGCCCUAAAUCGAAAUUCCGCUUCCAACAGUCACUAGAAUUUAACUUUCUCUUUCAAAUGCAACAGAUUUCAUUAAAAUCGGCCCAGGGGUUAUCUCAGAAAAACGUUUUUGCGUUUUUACAUGUAUUUGAAUAGGCCGCGUCGGAGUUGGGCCCGAGCUAAAGCUUCCUCUUAAAGGCAAAGCUUAGGCAUCCUUCAAGUUUUUUACUCAGACGACUUGCUGCUUUAGUUCGCAUGUGGGGAUGUGGCAGAUUUGCACUUUAUAAUCUUUGAAUAUUCUUGAAAUUAGCUCGCUCACCCCUCGUGCAUAAGGAAGUGAAGCCCACUUCCUUGUCGUUGCUCUGGCAGGAGGGUUAGCAGCACGCCUUUCUUCAGUCUUCAGCUCAAGUUUUCGUGCAACAGCAGUAGAACAUAAGUGUAUGCAUGGGAAAACAGUGUCAAUGCAAUUGAUCGUUUUUGCCCUAUGGGAUGGGGUGACUUAAAGUGCAGGUAUUCCCUGUUAUGCAUAGGCUUUCGAUGUAUGCUUGUUGAAAGGCUGGAUGCAGUGCAGUUGAUUUCAACAUCAAGGAAAGCAAUGUGGCCAUUUACUUCUUCAACAGUGAAUUCGAUUGUGCACGGAAACGAGUUUAGGUGUUCCACGAGAGGUGCAACAUCUUUGUGGCGGAUAACAUAAAAAUACUUGUCAGGAUGGAAUGUUGCCUAGGCUCUUCCUUCAACAGCUUCCAAUGCAAGAUUGGCACAAGCCACUGAGACUAAUGCCCUCGUCGCUGACCCAAACACCUGCCUGUAGAAUGAACCAUUGAAUGAGAAAUACGUGUUGCGUAAGUUAUAAUCAAGAAAGCAGCACAAGGUGUUGACCUCGAAUGGGGUGUGCGAAGGCAGAGAAGUGUCGCUGUGCAAUGCUGUUCUGCAGUAAUCAACAGCAUAGUCUACAGGUAUGUGCGUGAACAUUGACUUGACGCCAAAGGAGACCACAACGUUUUCGGAUUUCAAAGCCACGUUCUUGAUGUCGAUGAAGUCAAUGGAGUUGUUCAUGUACAUUGAUGUUCGUCCUACCAAGAGCUGAAUUACAUCAUGAGGAUAUCGAGAAAGCUGGUGCAAGGAGGAAUGUGUGAAAUGUGCAGUUGUCCGAAGCGGGGCAUCAGGCGUGUGAACCUUAGGAAGGCUGUAUAUCAUAGGGGCUGAGCCAGUGUGACAAAGCAGGUGGUAAUACAGAUGCUUGUUUUCCAGCAGUACAAACUUGAAGGCGUCAGUCAGUAGCUUUUGAAGUUCGGACGCGGUCUUUCUUGUAGGGUCCCAAUUGACUCUCCAAUACAUUGUUCCGUCCUGGAGAUGUGCCAUCAAUUUUUACUUUGUUUUCAUGAUUCCAAACAAUGGUUACAUUCCCCUUAAACGUUGGCGAAAUCAUGGCGUACUGGUUGUUCUGCAGCCUCUUCAUGGCUUCUCUAUCAAGGUUGCCAAGACUUGAUGUCGUAGCACUACGAAGCUUCAAAAGAGCCUCAAUGGCACAGGUACAUGCUUCACUUUGCAGAGCAGACUUGACUUGGCGUACGGCUUCUCCUGAACAUACCAUCUUGCGCAUAUCCGGAAUGGUACGAAUGUUAAAAUUGCGGCUGUGGCUUAGGAGCUGAAGCUUUGCGGCAUUGAGGUUUGACAAGUUGCAGACACCAGUCUGGCCGUGAGGGCAUUGAUAUUUCUAAAACAAAAACGUGUCUUCCUAGUACUGCUGCUGCGACUCAACAGAAACGAGUUGCAGCAGCAGUGCUAAUUGAAUGGAGUACAAUCUCGUGGAAUUCCGUGGAGGUGAGGCGCUCAAGCCUGCUGAAGAAAAUCUUGUUUUCCAGGCGCUUUGUGGUUGCCUUCGUCUCAAGGUUGCUUGCUUGUAAAAGGAGCUUUUCAUUAUGGUGGUUUUCCAUGCUAUUUGCAAAGUGCAAUGCGAUUGAGGGUUUGACAAGAGCUUGUCUGGUGAGAAAACAACAUGGUUGAAGAAAAUGUGCACUUACCAAUUGAAAAACAAAGAAAAACGAAAAUGUUUUUGAUGUUUCAGCACCCAAUACAGGUGUCUUUCUCACAUUUAUGAGUGCAAUUUUUUCUCAACGACACUUUCUUACCAGACGAGCUUUCGUCAAAUGGGCAAUUACAAGUUUAUGUAUAGUUGGCCACAGACGAUAAUGGGACAUGGGUUCCACGACAAUUUAAUAAAUUGCUGUGCACGUUGCAUAUUGCAGACCGAAGCUUGUAUACAAGUCUAUGUAUUCAGCCAGUUCACAGACCUUGUGACCCUUAAAGGGGCCCUGAACCACCCCUCGGGCUUGGUGAAAUAACAUAUUCCACAGGUGGCAUACGCUGCUGUGAACAUCUCGGCCAAGUUUUGCUGUCGUACGUGAAGAGCCCGCAAGCUGAUCGUGAAGUCACCUUUCUCUCAAACGCUCUUUUCAACAGAAGGCCCUAUUCUGGACUCUUUAUUAUGUCCUUCCCUUAGACAGCUGCUAUUGGCCAAUAGCUGACGUUAAGCUGCGGUCAGCUACAUGGUGUAGAUACUGCAGCCGCCAUGGGGUGCUACCACGAGUCCACUGGCUAAGUGCACUGUGCCUUACCAAGGAUAACUGCGUUUGGCUUAUGUAUGGCACGUCAUAGGCACCAAAGGCAGAAGUCGUGGCAUCUAUGUUAACAUCCAAAAUGAAAUUUGAACUGUGCGCCAUGGUGACAUAUAAAAGGCGGAGCACUGUGGGCACGUUCCACUGUGCCAUAGCCUUCAUAGUGCAAGGCACUGAAGAACGAAUGGGAGCACAGCGGAGGUGGUGUUUGAUUGCCAAUAACUCCGCUUCUGCUGAACGCAUUGCAGUACUUUCUGUGGCAAAGUACUUCUGAAAGAACCAAUUUUCACUUUAAAAUACCUUUCUUCAAUAAAAUGUGGUUCAGGGCCCCUUUAAACUGUUGUGCAACACAGUUCACUACUGCUGUUGUGGCACAACAGCAGUAGUGAACUGUCAAUGGCAUGGUCCUAUAUUGAACAAUGUGAACCUGAAGCACGGUACCUUCAAGAUGCUUUAUAUUUAAUUUGAGGUGGUGUUAACAAUUGGCUUAAAAGAUGCAAAUGGUCUUUUUUGGUGUUCAGAGUUCCUACAGUAUGCAUGUGAUCAUGUGCUGUAUAAAAAAAACUUGCUUCUUAGCUUUACUGUAUUUUGUAUUUUUUUAAGGACUAACAAAGUUUAUUGCAACAGUUAUGUACAUAUUUUCUUCACUGUCCAUAUGAAUUCCAGUGGCAUUGCUGUGCCAAAAUGAAUUUGUACAUGUGGCUUGGGAAUAAAUCGGACUGGUUUUUCUCCUGGAA